AUGGGACCACUUGAGAUUCCAGCUGUGGAACAGCUGCCUGGGAGACUGCUUGGUUCUCCAGCCACACACAGUCGCUGUGCAGCAGGCUGGUUACGAGCUUCCCGGGUGUUGCUGGUGGGGAUGAAAGGCCUUGGAGCAGAAGUGGCAAAGAAUCUCAUCCUGGCAGGUGUCAAAGGCCUGACCAUGCUGGACCAUCAGCAGGUUUCUCAAGAGGACACUAGAGCUCAGUUCCUGAUCCCUGUGGGUUCCUUGGGCCGCAAUAGAGCUGAAGCAUCUUUGGAGCGGGCGCAGAGUCUCAAUCCCAUGGUGGACGUGAAAGCUGACCCUGAGAACGUAGAGAACAAGCCAGAAGAGUUCUUCACCCAGUUUGAUGCAGUCUGCCUAACGUGCUGCUCCCGGGAUGUUAUGGUGAAGAUUGACCAGAUUUGCCACAAGAAUAGCAUCAAGUUCUUCACUGGUGAUGUCUUCGGUUACCAUGGCUAUAUGUUUACCAACCUGGGGGAGCACGAGUUUGUGGAAGAGAAAACCAAGGUCACCAAAGUCAGCCCAGGAGUGGAAGAUGGGCCGGACACCAAGAAAACCAAGCUUGAUUCAUCAGAGACAACCAUGGUGAAAAAGCGGGUGGUUUUCUGCCAGCUUAAGGAGGCCCUGGCUGUUGACUGGAGCAGUGAGAAGGCAAAGGCAGCACUGAAACGCACCACUCCGGAUUACUUCCUGCUCCAAGUGCUGCUGAAAUUCCGGACAGAUAAAGGUCGAGAUCCUUUGCCCCAAAGCUACGCCGAGGACUCCAAGCUGCUGCUCCAGAUCCGCGAUGACGUGCUGGACUCACUUGGCGUCAGUAUGGACCUUCUGCCAGAUGAUUUCAUCAGCUAUUGCUUCUCUGAAAUGACUCCUGUGUGUGCAGUGGUUGGAGGAGUCCUGGGGCAGGAGGUUGUCAAGGCCCUGUCCCAGCGGGACCCACCCCACAACAACUUCUUCUUCUUCGAUGGCAUCAAAGGGAAUGGGAUUGUUGAGUGCCUGGGCCCCAAGUGAGUCCAGGACUGCCCCCAACCUGGACCCCACAGCCCAGGUCAGCAUCAGGCUCGGGGGCUUCCCAGUCUUCGCCGCUGGUUUUGUCCCCAAACCAGGCAG